GAGUGCUGCUGCAGUUUUUCACACGCGCUCAGACUGAAUCACUGUAAACUGCGCGGAGUCUGUGAGAACGAGUAAAUUCGAAGGUCGCUCACAUUUAUCGCUCUUCGGCUCGAAUUUGCUUAUUCGUUUUUUGACAUGCACUGUCUCUCCGGGAAAAUUACUGUGAAAUAACAGUGUACGAGAUCUUACCAAGCGAGUAUUUUGUCGGCGCGAGGAAGACAGCAAGUGUCGCACGUUUCGUUUGUCCACGAAAGGCACCAUCUAUGAGCUACAAUGAAGCAGAAUCCAAAGACUGUAAUCAUGUUCUUGAUCUUCUGUCUCUUUUUCAUUUUGGGUCAAGCAACAGAGAAUGACAGAGACUUUAAGAUGUGUGGAAUAUGGCACCAUGGUAACACAUCCCAAAAUCUGAAAUAUGAUUUGACAACAGGCUGUAAGGAACUUGUAAUUUCAGCCAACGACAUCACGCUCUCUAUUUGGGGCAGUAUCACAGCGAAGUGCAAGCAGUCCGGAUCCAUUCCUCUAGACUUAAGUCCUUUUCAGAAUCAAAGUAAUUUCUGUGUGUUCUGGGAGCCACUGCUGGACCUGCUGAUUGUGGAGGUGAAUGGAAAGAACCGUACUCUGUGUGGCUCAAGUGGCCUUCAAGAAAAUUGCUGCACUGACCUCUCUCCAGGCAACCAGACAAAUGCCAGUCUGUAUGGUAUUUUGAAGGGCAGCAUCCAAGGUGAUAUAAUACAGCACAACGUCGUGGGAAUAUAUGCAUUUCAAGGGGAUUCAAUCAACUGCAAGAAGAAGUUCUGUGAUGUGGCAAGCCAGCAGUCCAGGGGAGCAAACAUGAUAGAGGAAGUGGUGAUGAAAUCCAACGCAACUGGUCGUGUGGAUCUACCUUGUGCCCAGAGCACUAUCAUUGAGAUGGAAGAGGGCUUCAUGGGACACAAUUUCACUCUGCCUGCCCCCCGAAAUGUCCCAAUAGACAAGAUACCCUCGGUUUAUCUCCCCUCCUGCCUGAAACCAGCAUUCAGGAAAAAAGCCAAAGUGGUUUGUACAUACUACAGGAACAGCAUGUCAAUGAAAUAUUUUCAGAGGGAAUCAUCUGAUUCAGCUCUUCUGGAUGACAUAGUUGGAAUCUCUGUGGAGAAUGAGAUCAUCGCCAACCUCCCAGAACCUGUCAGAAUCAGGUUCCAUCACUCUGCCUUACCAGCUAAUCAUUCUAGAAGAUGUGUAUCAUGGGACACAAGAAAAGACAAUGAAGUGAUGUGGAAAUCAGAGGGUUGUCUAACCAUUAACAUCAGUGCUGUAGAGACAGAGUGCUGUUGUAAACACCUCACAUACUUUGCUAUUCUUAUACAAGUGGAACAGAGGGCUACAGUUCGCCAUUUAGAGGCUCUGACAUACGUUACCGCUGUGGGUUGUGCUUUUUCUUUAGUUAGCUGCUUGGUUCUCUUCUACUGGCUCUGUAAAAAGAGAAGAGGGAAGAAAAACCAGUCCUCACUGGUGCACCGUGGUUUGGUGGUGGCAAUAUUUUUUUUGUGUCUGUUCUUUAUCCUUACUGGUACAAUGGCAAAUGUAGGAAACGACGCAGUUUGUAUGACAACAGGAUUUCUUCUGCAUUAUGCGCUGCUUAGCACCCUCUGCUGGAUGGCUAUGGAAGUGUUUCACACAUUCUUAUUAAUCCGUAAGGUGUUCAGCUCAACUCUUCCGUCUUGGGGCUUUUACUUGGGGGGCUUUGGUCUUCCAGUUCUGCUAGUUUGUAUACUGCUCCCUAUAGGUGAUAUUUAUGGCAAAAGGAAGAUUGUGCCAAGUGAUAAUGUUACCAAUCCUUACCAUAUGUGCUGGAUGUUGGAUAAUGACAAGAGCAGAUUGGCUCAUUUCAUUAUUAAUAUUGGCUUAUUGGCUGUUGUGGUAAGCUCUGGUGCGGUCAUGCUUUUCCUUGUGGUGAAAGAGAUACGGAAUCGACCAGAGUGGAAGAAGAACCAUGUGGCUUUUCUCAGCAUCUGGGGCCUCACCUGUCUGUUUGGCACAACAUGGGGCCUGGGUUUCCUCGACUUUGGCCCUCUCUCCGAGGCGAUUCUCUUCCUCUUCUGUAUUAUCAACUCCUUACAAGGAUUUUUUCUUAUGCUGCGAUACUAUGCUCUUGAACGCAUGAAAAAGAGGAACGAGUCCAGUUCAGAUGGGAGCAGUACAGGAUCUUCAAAACAACAUAUGCUACAGACUAAUGAAAAGAGUUAAAAAGUUGGUGAUGCUAAAACAGUGUUUUACUGAAACUGUAUCUCUGAUAUGAAAAGAAGGAUUAUCCACAAGGGCAUUUGUAAAGAUCCUUUCUCAUCCUGCAGGUCAGGAUGGUGAAUGGUCCUUAGAUGACAUUUCACUGAUAUUUAGUCACAAGACUAAUAAUUGAGCAUGAAUGCUUCACCUGUCAUAAGCUGUAUUUCUGUAUGUGGAUAUAAUAGUUUUUCUUUUUCAAGCGAAUCUUGCACUUUAGCUUAUAUUUUACUUUUUUGUCUAUUGUUUAAGUAUUUGUGAAUUUGUAUUUGUUUAGCAGAAUGAAAAGAAUCUGUUUCUCUAUUUGCUGCACAUACACAGUAUGCACAUAUUUGGAGCCUGCUUGGAAUUCAUUUUCUUCCUUUUUUGUUUCAGUUUGUUUUAUUACUAAAAUUCAAAUAACUUCUCAUAAAUACUACUCUCCAAAAAAGGAUAAAGUAAAUCUUCCAUUUGACCAUAAGUCUUCCAUCCUAAUUUAAAAAAAUAAAAUCAAAUUAUACGUUUAUUUAAAAAAAAAUCACAUACACAAAAACAUAGAUGAAACAAACAAACAUAAUAGGGAAAUAAACAUCACCCAAUAUACUGUAUUAGUUUUACGAAUUAAAAAGCCAAUUGACCUUUGUCUUUGAAGACUGUAGUGUACACCUUUGUAUGAAAUCUUCAGUUUUUUGGCAGUUUCAAGCAUUGUAUAGCCUUCAUUCCUCAAAACAAUGAUUGACUGACGAGUUUCUAGAGAAAGCUGUUUCUUUUUUGCAUUUUUGACCUAAUAUUGACCGUAAGACAUGCCAGUCUAUUGCACACUGUGGCAACUCAAAAACAAACACAAAGACAAUGUUAAGCUUCAUUUAACGAACCAAAUAGCUUUCAACUGUGUUUGAUAUAAUGGCAAGUGAUUUUCUAGUACCAAAUUAGCAAUUUAGCAUGAUUACUCAAGGAUAAGGUGUUGGAGUGAUGGCUGCUGGAAAUGGGGCCUGUCUAGAUUUGAUCAAAAAUGACUUUUUUCAAAUAGUGAUGGUGCUGUUUUUUACAUCAGUAAUGUCCUGACUAUACAUUGUGAUCAGUUGAAUGACACUUUGGUGAAUUAAAGUACCAAUUUCUUUCCGAAACAGCAAAAUCUGUACAUUAUUCUAAACUUUUGAAUGCCAGUGUAUAUUCUGUCCCUUUUGACCAAUAUUGUUUAAAUGUAUUUAGAAUACAUUUAUUCUUUGCCUAUAUUUUGUUGUAUUAUAAUGUGCAACCAUGAUCAAUUGAACCGAGAAAAUGAUUAAAGCACAAUUAUGCACAUCCUAGAGUUAAUACAUUUUAGUGUAAAUAAUCAGGAAAUCCAUAUGCGUGGAAGUUUAUUCCACAUUAACCAGCAAAAACAACACAAGCUCAAAAUCUGCAUGAGGAAUAAAAAAAGGGACAGGCUGGAAUUAAUAACCACAAUAAGAAACCAGAGUAAUACAUUUUUUAAAUCAAAAGUUGUAUUUGCUAAUGUUAGUUAAUGAACUAUGAACUAACAAUGAACAAUUGUAUUUUUAUCAACUAACAUCCAGGGUUGGGAGGUUUACUUUUGAAAUGUAUUCCACUACAGAUCACAGAAUACAUGCUGUAAAAUGUCAUUUGUAACGUAUUCCAUUAGAUUACUCAAGGUCAGUAACGUAUUCUAAAUACUUUGGAUUACUUCUUCAGCACUGGUAGAUUUUUUCACUUGUUUUGAUUAUAAAAACUCUGUCAGUACAGUAAGACAAAAUACACAUGUUAAAAAUACAUUCUCUGAAAAACCUAAAUAUCUUGUGCAGUGUUGUUUCUAAAACAAGAUAAAUCAAAUUUAUCUUGUUUUAAGGAUUUUUAGUUAUUUUUACAGGAAAACAAUACAAAAAUUAUCAUCAAGAAUACGAUUUAUGCCCUAAUAUCAAAGGUCUUACUAGAAAAAAAGAAAUUAUGAUCCAACGUGAAUUUUCUUGAUAAAAAAAUAUGAUCGUGCCUGGUAAAAUGUGCAUGUAAAAUGGCUAGAAAUAGCAUUUUAGCUUAGCGUAAAGCUGACAAUUCACACAAGGUUUAUUUCAGUUUCUUCUUCUCCAAACUUACUUCUCUGUCUGCUCGUAUGAAUGUAACACAUCAUAAGAAAGUGUUUCACCGCUGUUCAAAUGCAUUUUGGAUCACAUCAUUUAUAUGUAUAAAUGUUUUCCAUCUGAAAGGACUAAAUAUUAAAUAAAACAAAUGACAAUAAAAUGCAAAGUAAUCUCUUCAGUAAUCAAAAUACUUUAUGAAUGUAACUGUAUUCUAAUUACCAAUGAUUUAAAUUGUAACUGUAGUGGAAUACAGUUACUUAUAUUUUGUAUUUUAAAUACGUAAUCCUGUUACAUGUAAUCUGUUACUCCUCAAACCUGCUAACAUUAACAAUGAUUAAUAAAUGCUGUAAAAAAUAUAUUGUUCAUUGUUAGUUCAUGAUACAGUACCUAAUGUAUUAACUAAUGUUAAUGAAUGGAACCUUAUUUUAAAGUGAUACCAAGUAUUUAAACAGGUAAAACAGAAACAAAUUAACUAGGUGUGAAUGAAGACAAUUCAACAGAUUCAACAGACUGGGGUGGGGACAUCUGGUGGCAGGCGUUUGUAGCUUCAGCCAGAGAUCUUACAGACUUGACUAACACUUACAGCCCAGAGUCUCUCUGGAUCUUUGGCUUUUCUUCUGGGCAAACUGCUUAAAUUUUAUUCGGAUAGGGACUCUCUGUGAAAAGCAUUGUUCAUUUCAUAAAUACUCGAUGGGACUGAGGUCAGGGCUUUGGCAUGGCUUUUGAUGUAUGUUCCAGGUCAUUGCCUUUUUUGGAAGAUGAACCAUCAUCAGUCCCAGGGCUCUUGUGGAUUGCAGCAAGUUUCCACCAGGAACUUUCCAUAUUUACCUCCAUACAUUCUUCAUCUAUAUGCAUUUCCCAGGCCCUCUUACAGAAAGAUGUCCUCAAAGCACAUUGCCACUAACACCAUGCUUUGCUGUAACGAGAUUGUUUUUGGUGUGGUAUGGUGUGGUUGGAUUGUCUCAAACCUAUUUAGAUUUGCUGUAAGCCUCCCUCGAAAUCUUCUAUUGUCUUUAUGGUUUAAUGUUUAUUUUGCAAUUCACAAAAUUGUGUUUAUGAGUUCAUAAACUUAACAGUAUUAUGUACAGCUUACAUAGAAAAUUGAACUGAAAUUGCAAAACAUCAUGAACCUUCCUUAGAGUAACAGGUUUUUAGAUUGGCCUCUCAUUAUGAAUUACCUAACCAAUUCUCAUUGGGUGGUUGUAACUGUAUUGGCUAUAUUAAAGGAUUAGUUCACCAAAAAUGAAAAUUCUCUCAUCAUUUACUCUCCCUC